AUGGCACCAUCAGUAUCUGAAGAAGCGUUGAAUACUCAGUUAUCGGCACCAGAACCUGAACAUUGUCCUGGCCCAGAAUCAGAACAAGCAGGGAAAGAUGAUGCAUGUAACGGAUGUGCAAAUCAAGACAUUUGUUCGUCUCAACUCCCCAAAGGACCUGACCCUGAUUUACCAAUAAUAAAUUCUAAAUUAUCAAUGAUUGAUCAGAAAUUAUUGGUAUUAUCAGGUAAAGGAGGAGUAGGGAAGUCUACAUUCACAUCAAUGCUUUCAUGGGCAUUAGCAGCAGAUGAAGAUUUAGAAGUUGGAGCUAUGGAUUUAGAUAUUUGUGGUCCUUCAUUACCUAGAAUGUUGGGAGCUGAAGGUGAAACCAUUCACCAGUCUAACUCUGGUUGGUCACCUGUUUAUGUUGCUGAUAACUUAGGAAUGAUGAGUAUAUCAUUCAUGUUACCUGAUCCAGAUAGUGCAGUUAUAUGGCGAGGAGCAAAGAAGAAUGGAUUAAUCAAACAAUUUUUAAAAGAUGUUAAUUGGGGUGAGCAUUUAGAUUACUUAGUGGUGGAUACUCCUCCAGGUACAUCGGAUGAACAUCUUUCAGUAUCUACAUAUAUGAAAGAAAGUGGCAUAGAUGGAGCUUUAAUCGUCACUACACCCCAAGAAGUAUCAUUAUUAGAUGUUAGAAAAGAGAUUGAUUUUUGUAAGAAAGCAGGCAUUAAAAUUUUAGGAUUAGUGGAAAAUAUGAGUGGAUUUGUUUGUCCAGGGUGUAAAGGAGAAUCUAAAAUUUUCAAACCAACCACUGGUGGAGGUGAGAAACUUUGUAAUGAUCUUAACAUUCCAUUUUUAGGAUCAGUUCCUUUAGAUCCAAGAAUAGGUAAAGCAUGUGAUGAAGGUGUGUCAUUUUUCGAUGAAUAUGCCGAUUCCCCUGCAGCUACAGCUAUUUUAGAUGUUGUAGAUGCCUUAAGAGAUCAAAUUGAAAUCAACUUAGAUAGUUUAACCCUUAAUGAUUAA